AUGUCUCCUACACAUUCCCAGGAAGUCAUCUGCCCCAUCCCGUCCUGCGACCAAUUAUACACCGGAUCUCGAGCCAAAGACAGCCUCCGCGACCACAUGUUCACAUCUAGCUCUAAAUGCGAGGUGCACUUUAGAGAGUAUAAAGAUCGGUAUCCGUUUGCACGCAGGCAACCAGGUACAGUCUACCCUUGUGGAGCUUGCAAUGGUGUAUUUGGCAAGACCUCUUGCCUGAAAAGACAUAUGGAGACCCACAAGGAGACGAGGUACCCGUGUCCUAGUUGCGAUAAGAGCUAUGCUGAGAAGCGGAAUAUGGUUGAGCAUCUGGUGAAGGGGCGAUGUCGUGGUGAUCCUCGUUGGAGAAGUAGAGAUGUAACACCAACCUCUAGCGGAGAGGUGUCAAGGGCCGCUUCGGAAGAACCGACAACCAGCCGUACCACAUGGGACGUUUCAGCCGUUUUUGAGAACACAUAUAACAGUGUAAUUGCUUCGAAUGUUGACUUCAUCACGACGAAUCGUGACGAUUACCUCGCUACGGCAUAUGUACAAAUGUCCUCUUUAUCGACCUCAAUGCAGCAAUCUGACGACCCUCCGGCUUCCAGAUCAUCCUUCAUAUAG